CAUGGACUUGUGGAGCUGGGACGAAGCAUCGCCACAGGAAGUGCCUCCAGGGAGCAACCUGUCAAAGCUGGGAGCCGAAUUUGGCUUUCAUUUCCCUGAGCUGGAGCUGCAAAGGGACACACCGACAGCUGAGACAUCCUGGAAAGGUGACUCUCGCACUCUCCCAAACUCAGCAGGAUUCCCAGAGCUGGACAGGAGCCCCGCCCUAGCGCACCCAGAAGCUCCUUGGGGGGCUGAGCCCGCCACUCAAGCCCGUCGGUGGUCCGGAGACUGGGCGGACCUGGCCUGUGCCGCCUGGGACCCGUGGAGCCGCGCCUCCCCGGCCUUGGGCCCCGCUCUUGGCCCCGCCCUUGGCCCCGCCCCCUUCCCUGGUUCCGAAGGCGUGGCCGGCCAGAACCGUAUCCCUUCGGCGGGAGAGACGGCCUCGUGGUCGCAAGCUCAGGCACCCAGGAGCGCCACCAGCUGGGACUGUUCUGUCGGCCUCAACGGCGCCACCUACUGGGGCAAUGGCCUCGGCGGGGAACAGCGCGCGGACUAUACCAUUUCCUGGGGCGGGCCUGAACUUUCGGACUGUACCACCUCAUGGAGUCCGGGGCUGCAUGCGGAUUGCAGCGUCUCUUCAACCGGGUACCAGAAUUCAGCUCUUACCACUCCCUCCGAACCUAGCCAGCAGUCGGACCGUGCCAUCUUGAUUCGCUACCCCAAAGCUAACCACAGAGGUCCCAUUCAGCUGUGGCAGUUCCUCCUGGAGCUGCUCCAAGACAAGGCGCGUAGCAGCUGCAUCCGCUGGACAGGCAACAGCCGCGAGUUCCAGCUGUGCAACCCCAAAGAGGUGGCGCGGCUGUGGGGUGAGCGCAAGAGGAAGCCCGGCAUGAAUUACGAGAAGCUGAGCCGAGGUCUGCGCUACUAUUACCGCCGCGACAUCGUGCGCAAAAGCGGUGGGCGCAAGUACACAUACCGCUUCGGGGGCCGAGUGCCCGGCCUCGCCUGUCCCGACGUUGCGGGGGACCCGCAGGGAGCAAACACCCAAUAA